ACGUAAAAGCGCAAUACGCCUUACGUGCGAGGCGGCAGCCUCGCCUUUCCCAUGAAUCUGGCUGCUUGGGCAAGCUCCUCUAAUCGGAUUUAAAUCGGAGUUCGGAUUUAAGGAAGAGGGACGGGGCAUCUGUGCCUCUCUACACCUCCAAACGGAGCGCAUUAGGACCGAACAGAGACAACGAAUCAGAAUCUUAAGCCUGAGGUCUGACUCGCCGCGCGCUUUGACCGCUCCUCUAUCCAUCUGAAACAGCGAGUUGCACUCGACAGCAUGAGCAAGUCCGGAUCGAUAAAGAGACUCUUCUUCAAAACAAAGUCCAUAGAAAAAGAAAUUAAGGCAGAGGUGUCGAACGCUCCCGUCCCUGGAACGCAGAAUGGAGACCGUGCGAGCGCGACGUUGCCCUGGGACUCCGGACCCGACAGUCCGGAGGAGCGGGAUAUGGGACCGACAAGCCCGAACCAAAGAAAGAAAGCGAGGCUUAAGUCCUGGAUCAAGAAAAAAACAUCGCGACGGGGAAAACUGCUUAGCGAUCCGUUCAUAUUCACGGAAUCCGAGGACAUUGACACCAUAAGAAAUAAAAUGCCCUUUGACCAGGUGAGCAUGAUGACGGAGUACAGCUUCAGGACAGACGUGGGGUCGGCUGUCCAGUCUGAGGCCAGCUCCAUGUUCAGCUUCGACAUGUCCCCCUCCAGCCCCGGCUCCCCCAGCAGAAGGUCCAGGAAGGGCUCAGAGGAGAAGGCUGGCGUCCUCACUCGCAUUGGCAGUUUCUUCAGCACCCGCCGGCGAAAGAGCAGCAGGAGCCUCUCUGAGACCUCCGAAGAUGCCCCCCCGGGUCAGGACAGCACCCCCACACCCCCACCAGAGCCGGAGGUGCUGAGGACCCCGACGAGGAGCCCGCAGUUAGAGGCCAAGUUCCCCCACAUUUCCGCAUCAGAGUUGUGCAUCGAGCAAGCAGACCUGGGGGGCAGCCUGUCCAGCCAGGGCGAGGGCGACCUCCCCUUUGCUGACAGCGACAGCCAGAGCAGCCUGCUGGAGGCGACGGCACGUGACGGUGGCACGCGAACGUCGAGCAGGGAGAGGCCAGGAGGAGCGCACGCUGACGCAGGAGAGGCAGGGAAUGUCUGCAAGAAGCUACAAGUGUACCUGGAGGAGACCAGCAUCUGCAGCGGGGAGGCGGCCGACGUGGGCCGCGGCGUCAUCCGCACCACUGUGAAGAAGAACUUGAAGGCCGUUGCGAAGGGCAGCCCCAAGGGCGCGGCAGCGCCACCUGGCACUGCAGAGGGAACAGCGCCCACCAAGGCACCAGACAAACCCACUGUUGCCGGCUCUGAUGGGACCGGGUCAAAAUCCACAGACCUGCUGAGCUCGGAUCCCACCCUGACGGAGGCAGACAGCAAGACGAUGGGGAAGAGGAACUCGGGGAGGCGCAAGCUUAAAUCCCAGGAAGCGGCGUUGUCCGCUUUUCCAGACCGCGCUCAAGAGCUGGUGAAUAAGGUGGAGCUUCUUACUCAUUCACCAGAGCCUCUCGGCAAAGCAGCGGACCCUGUUUCGGGCCAGGUAGAGCCUUACUCAAGCGGGCCGGAGUCCUGCCUGACUUCUGGCUCGGAUUCUGGUGCAUUUGCGGCUCCCCCACCAGUUAAGGCUGCAAAGGAGGUCUCCGCAGGAGUGAUAGGAUCUCCAGAGGCUACUGCCCUGUCCCUGCCCCCAAUAGGAGGUGCUAUUGAGGAGCCGGCGAUAGCCAUAUCUGCAGCAGAACCCUUGGGGGAGGGAAGAACAAACAGAGAUGUGUACCAGGAAGCGGCCGUUACGAGCCAGGAGGGUACCACCCAGAAUCCUGUCCCAGAGGAGGAGGCGCUGAGCAGCAAGACCAAGCGCAGGAGCAUUAAGCUGUCGCAGAGCCAAAAGGUCUUUGCCAAGAAGGUGUAUGUGAACACGGAUGACACCGUCGAAGAGGCAUGUAAGAGAGAAAAGGACUCGGCAAGUGCGGUGACCAGGCAACCACAGAAAACAGAGGUCAUACUGCCUCCAAAACCCAAAAAAGUGAACUUGGAGAUUACAGAGGACCCCUGGACACCAACUGACAUUGCAGCGAAAGUGGGAUUGUUUGAGGGGCUGCGUACGGCCCAGAGCUACCAUGUCAUCAAGGUGGUAGGACCAUCCCCUGAGCCAGUCAGGGAAACUGGAGUGGAGGCAGGCUUGGACGAGAGCGAGCAGGGUGCUGCAGCAAUGGGGAAGAAGUCUCGUUCACGGGCAGCCAAAGUCAAGGGUGCUGGGGCCAGCAGACCAGUAUUAUCGGUGACAACAUCAGGACAUGGGGCCCAAUCAGAGACCAGCUCCAAUGUAUUACAGUCUGAAGACUCAUCCCCUUCCUCUGAACCAAAGGAUAAGACUGGGAGGACCAAAGAUCAGUUAGAAAUGCGCUGGGUAGAGGAAACUUCUGCUGAUACAGACAAAGCCCAGUCAGGUUCUGGAAGCGAAACGGCUGAUGUCAGGGUCCUCACAGAAAAUGAAGGGUCACCCGGAGAUAAAGCUGCGGUGGCUGAACUUCCUAAAAAGUCACCAAUGGAUACAAUUCAGAAGCCAUUAUUGGUUCCUGAAUCUUCCGCUGUUACUGAUAGCGUUUUACCUUUGGAAUCUAAGGUGCAGAAAGACAAGGAAAAGGUUGCGGUGACAGAUUUAACCACGAAAGAGCAAUGUACUGUUCUGUCAACAAAAGAGGAACAAAAAUCAGUGACUGAGGGGGUGAAGACACCUGAACAGAAGACCCCAGGAGCUGUCCAACCUACAGAACCCUCCCCUACAGUAGCACCCCCAAAGGUACGGCCCAAACCUAAUAGACGGAAAGCUAGAGAAAACCCUGAACCUGUCAGCCCAACUAGUGGAAGUAUCCCAGAGAAAGGUGCUGGAGUCCGGAGAGGUUCUUCUGAGCAGGUACAAAAGAGUGCAGUUAAAACCCAGGCUACAACGAAAGAUCCCAGCGAUGUUAAAAAGCGAUUGCAGGCACGCAGUGAGCAAAGCACGGUCACAAAAAGCAAACUGCCCAAAGCCACCUGUCCAGAACCCCUGUCCCCCACCAAGAAAACCAUUGAUCUGAGCACAAGGAAGAAUAAACCUAGCACAAAAAUACCAGAAAAAGCUGAUGUACCCAGCCUCGUACAGGAUUCACCUACCGAGGCCCAGGUAGGAAGUAAGCUUCUGCGGGCAACGCAUGGGUCAGCACAGCAAGUGACUGAGGAAACAGUGAGCAGUAAGAGAGAGUCACCAUUGUCCCCCUCGCAGUUGGACAGCAAGUUGAAGAAACCCAACACCAAAGACCCUACAAAGGUAAAUGAGCCUCAGAGUGACAACAGAAAAGCUGCUCAAGAUGUUGGGGUAUCCAAAGCAGCUGCUGCAUCUUCAGCAUUAACUACGCUGCCUACAAAAAAUCAGGACACUAAGAAACACGAACAAAGUGACCAAAAUAAAAUGGACAAUAAUACAUCUACUACCCAAUCUAACAUCCCUGUUCAAGUAACCACAGAACAAAGCCACACCAAUACAGAAAGUGUCUGUGAUGUAAACAGUGGGACAGUUACACAGAAGGGAGCAGAUUUAUCUCCGCCACAGGUGUUGGACAUUCAGUCCGAUCAUGCAAAAGAGCAAAAUGCAGACGUAGAGCAGGUCUCACUGGAGGCCCACAUCCAUGCUGCACCUGCAAACACCACAGCAGUUACACCACCUGGGACUGUGCAGGAAGGGACCACAGACACAGCAUCUGUAGGAACUGUUCCAGAAGUCACCUCAUCAAACCUGAUCUGCCCUGUUUCCAAGCCUGAAAUAAAGCCUGUGUCAACAAAGCCUGUGUCACCUGAAGUCUCUGAGACCAAAGAUGGAGACCAGGUUAACGAUGAGAAACCGCAGAAAGACAUUCCUCAAAAACCAAAGAAAAAGUUACCAGAUCCUACAGAGAUUCAAACAUCUACUGAGAAGAAUUACCCUGUAGAAAACGGCUUAGGUACACCCAAGGCUGUCAUGACUGUGACCCAGGAGACGAGAAGCUCUGAUGUCAGUUUGAAGCCUGGGUCUCAAGAUGGAGAACAAGGAAAGCAAAAGGAGGCUUCUGAUGGAAAGGCCGUAAAGCCUCUCAAAGAUAGAACUUCAGAACCCAAUGCUGUUAUAGUACAAGCAGACAAAGAAAAGGGACAGAAGACAGAGGUGCAAGUUGAGAAGACAAUGGAUGCUGUCACCACAGAAAAACUAAUUAAAAAUGGUGAUGUCCACCCUUCACCCAGUCAGGAGAAUAUGUUUGAGAAGAUGGAGAGUAAAGGUGGAGUGACGGGUGAGGAAGGUCAAGUCACAGGUUCGAGUCUUCAACCUGGGAAAGCUUCUGAGAAGAACACUGAGACCUGCUGGACUUUAUCAAUUGAACCGGUGAAGUUGGCACAGGAAACUCUGAGAGUGGUGGAAAGUGAGGACGUAUCAAAGAAAGAACCAGGUUCCCUCAACCAGAUGGACAAACUCUGUCAAGGAUCCCUGCCAAGGUUACAGGAGUCCACCCAGGCAAGCACUCAGCUGGGGAGUACCUCCUCAGUCUCUGAAGCACUUAAAAGUUCAAAGUUAUCGUCUCUGCCACAGGUUAUGAAACAAACUUCAGGCACUUCCCAGUUGGGCCCUACAAACAAAUCAUUCACUUCACGCAGCUUGAAAAAAGACAGCCCUUCCAGCUGGUUAGAUGUAGACCAGAGCUCUGUGAAGAAGCAGAAGAAACCUGAGAGGAAUUUGGAUGCUUCUGUCAGUGAGGAUGACACCUUGGAUACCUCUGAUGAGUUUGAGGAGUUCAUACAUAACAUCAAGAAACUGGGUGCACCCUUCUCCAUUCCCCUGAAGAAGCAUGUCCACACCAAGUCCCCAUCACCCCCAUUUGCCAUGCCGGCCAUCAGAGAAGACCGUUUUGAGAAGACAUUCGAUCCUGAGGAGUUUCAGUUUGGCCUGAGGAAGAAAAAGGCCUUGAAGGACCCAUCACCUGGGAUGAUGGUGAAGUUGCAGAGUGCAGAAGCGAGGAGCAAGCUCCAACCCAAGCGAUCCAGCACCGAGGACAGCCUGCUCUUCAAGCAGAUCCAGCCUCCAUCCUCUGGCCCGCAAGAGAAAGGGGAGGCAGGGACAGAGACCACUGAGGAUUCAGGGACAGUUAGUUCUCGCUUGGGAAAGAGCUCCAUCCUUUCCAGUCUCAUGACCAAUUCCAGGGUCUCCAAGAAGCCUGGCAAUGAGCCUGAUUCCGCAACAGGCAGCAAAGCCUUACCGCUGCAGCUGGGGGCAGCCGCUGGUUUGACCGACUCGCACGUGUCCCCUGCCACCGGCCACCAGUCAGUGCUGAGCCUCUCCUCACCUCCUCCCCCUCCUUCCUUUGCCGAAGUUAAGCUUCCAGAUUAUUUGGGGAAGCUGCUCUCUCAGGACAAAACAGAGGCAGGAAGCUCUGAAGGUGGCCCCCGGCACACAGAUGCCAAGGCUCCUCUGUCUGGAAUUGACCUGGGUAAUGGUAAGGGCUAUGUCCCUACGGACAGCAUUCCACCCGCUGCUCUGGAACCGUUAGCUCCUACUAGCCUGAUCCAGAUUCAGCAGGCAUCCGGAUCCAGCUUCCAUGCUGGACAUGCUGAGGUGCCGCGUGAGAAGGGCUUCCACAAGCGCCCGGGAAAGAUGGUCCUUUACGAGCGGGCUCCGUCGGAGGGAAGUGCCUACGAGGUCCACGGAGAUGUGGAUGACGCCACUUCCAUGAAACUGUCCCCAGUGAUCUCGGUCCGCGUCGUCAGAGGGUGCUGGCUCCUGUAUGAGAAGCCGGGAUUCAAAGGAAACUCGAUCGCUCUGGAGGAGGGCUCCAUAGAUCUGGCGAAUGCCUGGGCCCAGGAGCCGAAUCCCGGACAGGACACACCCACAUCCCCCAUGGUCAUCGGCUCUAUCCGGCUAGCCGUCCAGGACUACAGCGUUCCCCGGAUCGACCUGUUCACGGAACCAAAUGGACUUGGGAGGAUGAUGACUUUCUGUGACGAGGUGGUCGACACAGGCUCCUUCGGGAUCCCGCAGUGCACUGCGUCCAUCAAGGUCCACAGCGGGGUCUGGCUGGUCUAUGAUCAGCCGGGGUUCCAGGCUCCUGUGGCGGUGUUGGAAGCUGGAGAGUUCCCCUGUCACACGUCCUGGGGGUUCCCUGAUCCAUUCAUCGGGUCCCUGCGACCUCUCAGAAUGGGUGGAAUCAAGGUGGAAAACCCUAACGAACUCAAGGUGCUGGCGUAUGAGAGGCCGGGCUUUGAGGGGGAGAGUCUGGAGAUCUCUAGCGAGGUGGUCAGCUUCAUGGAGGAACGGGCUGGAGACAACUCUGAGACGUCCACCAUGGAGCAAAGGAAGCUGACUUCCGUGGGAUCCCUCAAAGUCCUCGGCGGGCUAUGGGUUGGCUACGACAGCCCAGGGUUCGAGGGCCACCAGUCUAUCCUCGAGGAGGGCGAGUAUGAGGACUCGAAGGACUGGGGAGGCGGCAGCCUGCUCUCCCUGCGGCCCCUGUUUGCUGACUUCCUGUCCCCACACCUGAAGAUGUUCAGCGAGAGAGACUUUGGCGAGAGAGGAGUCAAUAUUGACCUGCUGUGUCCAGUUCCCAACAUGGAGGAGACUGGUUUUGGCAUGAAGACACAGUCCAUGGAGGUCGUUUCGGGCGUCUGGCUGGCUUUCGAGAACCCUGGCUUUUCCGGCAACCACUACGUCCUGGAAAAAGGCCUGUACUCCAGCCCCGAGGAUUGGGGCGCCCGGCAUGCGACGAUCGGCUCCGUCCAGCCCGUGAUUCUGGAAAUUUUAAGUGGACUGCCCAAGUUUAAGGUCCAGCUCUUCUCAGAGCCCAAAUUCCAGGGCAGCGUCCACCUUCUGGAGGACAACGGGCCGGAGCUGCCUGAGGGCUUCUUCCCGCGCUCCUGUAAAGUCCUGGCAGGCAGCUGGGUGGCAUUCGAGGAGGAGCAGUUUCUGGGCCCCAUGUACGUCAUUGAGGAAGGCAGCUACGGCAGCCUGGAAGCCAUGGGCUGCCCCCACCAGGACGUGCGGAUCCGCUCCCUGCAGACCACCGGCUUUGAAUUCUCGUUGCCCUCCAUCACCCUGUUUUCCAAGCCUGGCUUCAGGGGGAAGAAGGUGGUUCUGAAGGACGGUUCUGUGAACCUGCCGCUCUCCGGCUGUGACGGCAUCAUCUACUCACUGCAGGUGGAAGGGGGCAUGUGGGUGCUCUUCGAGGAGACCAACUUCCGCGGAAGGCAGGUCCUGCUGCUUCCCGGCGAGGUGGCCGACUGGUAUGCCAUGACCGACUGGCGACGCGUCGGGUCCCUGCGGCCGUUGAUCCAGAAGCCCGUGUUCUUCCGGCUGAGGAACAAGGAGACCGGGGGAGCGAUGAGUCUCAGCGGGUCGCUGGACGAUAUCAAGCUGAUGCGCAUCCAGGCCCUGGACGAGGUUGGAGGGGCCGAGCAGAUCUGGGCCUAUCAGGAUGGCCUGUUCCGAUGCAAGAUGCUGGAGGACUGUUGCCUGGAGACCACAGGGAGCGUCGUCAUGGCCGGCAGCAGGCUCGGCAUCUCUCCCGAAGUGGGGGAGGAGAACCAGUUCUGGAGCAUCACUCCAGACGGGCUGAUCCGCUGCAGCAUGAAACCGGAGCUGGUUCUGGAGGUUAAAGGUGGGCAACAAUAUGACAAAAACCAAGUUAUUCUCAAUGAAUUUGAUGAACGAAAAUUAAACCAAAGAUGGACUUUGGAGAUUCUCUGAAGCUGCAGCAGAGGACUGGAUGUCAGGACUUCUCCACCGUGGGGCCUCAGGGUCUCACCGUGCUUCUCCACCGUGGGGCCUCACCGAUCUACAAAGACACUCCGUCAUGGGGCUUAGUUUGCCUUGGUAAACAUGCUGUAGGAAAACUUCCUCAAGAGACCAGCAUUCCGUAUUACGCCUGCCAUUGGUUGUUUUUUUUUUUUUGUUUUUUUUUGAUGUAACGCACAAGCACCACAAGGUGGCAGCACUCCAGUUGUGCAGAGCAUCGAAAACACUAGUCACACAGAUGCCUUUAAGGACCCAGCACCCAGCCAGCUUGGGGACCAAACUCCACAUCCUCCCUCCAGGAAUUUGCUCUGCUCCACAGGAUCUGCAGCUCAUUGUACAGCCCAUCAAAACGCCAAGCAGCUGUAUCACACACACACAAACACACACAUGUUUUUUUUGUUUUUAAAUCUGUUUAUUUCUGAGAGUGGGAGCCCAGCCCUUUUCCCACAGCAUUCUUCCACUUUUUACUGCAUGACAUUUUCUACAUGAAGACCUGAUUUUUAUAUUUCCUCUUGUAUUUCCUCUGCCCUCUUUUACAGAACUGGUUGUUUCUUUAAUGUAAAUGUUCGCUGUCCAAAUAAAAAAACUCAUGUUUUGAAUAAACAUUUUGUCUCUUCAA